AGGAGGGGUGAGGUCACGUCUCCCGAGCCUCGCUCCACUGGCUUUACAGAGGCUCGCCAGCAGCCGGCGGCCAGAGGUACAGACCGCGCAGACAGUGCGCUCCUCUGCCCUCCCUGCGCCGCCGGCCUCGCCCAUGUCUCAGUACGCCCCCAGCUCGGACUUCAAGACGGCUUUGGACAGCAGUCCCGAGGCCAACACUGAAGAUGACAAGAUCGAGGAGGAUGUGCCCAAGCCCAAGAACUACCUGUGGCUCACCAUUGUCUCAUGUUUUUGCCCCGCGUACCCCAUCAACAUCGUGGCUUUCGUCUUCUCCAUCAUGUCUCUGAACAGCUACAACAAUGGAGACAUUGAUGGAUCCAGGCGGCUUGGGAGGAAUGCCAAGUGGGUGGCCAUCGCCUCCAUCAUUAUUGGCCUUCUCAUCAUCGCUAUUUCUUGUGCAGUUCAAUUCAUAAGGAAAGCCUGAGCAGUCGGCCGAGCACGGAGGUUGGACCUCAUCCACACACCCCAAAGGAGUUUCUGAGGAAUGGAUCCCUGACUUUCGACUGUGAGAUCUUUUCCUCCAGGACUCUCCAGAGGCAGGUCCCUGGCAAACGAACUUUAAAAAGAGUCCAACAUGUAGGAAAACCAAGCAGCACACCCAGGUCAGCCAGAGUCAUUGAUUUUUUUUUUUUUUUUUUUAGGAAAAAAAAUCAAGUCUCACUGUUUCAGUUUAGCAAAAGCCAUUGUGUCCAUUCCUCUUCUCCAGAGAGGAGCCUCAGGAAAUCUCAUUACUUUUAAGGGGGGCGGGGUGGGGGGGAG